ACCAAUCCACGACAGCUAUUUGCUGAACUAACGUCACAGUUAAAGAGAACGGUCUGUUACUUGGUCAGCUAAAACUAUUGAAAUGCAAAGGCAGUGAUAGCUAUUUUAUGUCAAAUGUUAUCGGUUCAGCAUACCGAUAUUCAAAACUGCGGUCUAACGACGCCGAUAGGCCAGCUAGAAGCCACUUUGGGGACGCUCUGCCAGUCGGACUGACAACAGACGGGAUGAUCUCAGACUGGGGGUCUGAUCAGUGAGAAGUCCCUGUGACUGUGAAUGUGUCUGUGAAGUACAUUAGGAUGAGCGGGCUCCACUCUAUCGCUGCCUGCGGGGACUGAGAGACACCGCUCUAUACACAGCAGUCGAUGCGGUCUUCCACCGCAUCACCCGGGCUGAGAAUCCAGCAUGUCUCGCGUCUCCACCACCGCCAAGCGCUACACCGGCUCCUCCUAUACCAGUACCUAUAGCUCCUAUGGCUCCUCCCUGACGCCAUCCUCCCUCAGCUCCUACACCUCCGACCGGGACAGGCUGCCCUCCUACAGGAGCAAUGCUGCCUCCUCCUCGGGCUACUCCUCCUCCAGCUACCUGAGCAGCGCCGCCAGCCGCGCCCGCAACUACAGCACCUCCUUGGAGCUCGACCGGGGCCGGCCCAUCCCCCGCACUGACCUCCUGAGCAGCAGCAGCCGGCGCAGCGAGAGCCUGAGCCGCACCCCGGUGAAGACCUAUGGCUCGUCGGGCCUGAGCGGCGGCUCCGGUUACACUGGCUACAGCAGCUACUCCUCGUCCACCACGCCCAGCCGCUCCAGCUACCUCUCCUCGUCACCUGGCGCCUCCAGCAUCUCCCUUAGCCGCCGGAGGUCGUCGAGCCAGAGUGACCUGACGCGGGACCUGUCGUCCCUGGGCCUCAACGAGCCCACGUCCCCUUCCUCCUCCUCCAGCGCCCUGAGGGGUUACCGGAGCAGGGCCAGCGAUGUGGCCGACUCCUACAACAGCAGCCUGCAGAGCUCCAGCUAUGGCCUGUCCCACAGCGCCACGCAGGAGGCCUUGAGCAGCAGCAGCCUGAAGAGCGGUGGUGGUAGCCGCUUCACCUCCUCCUACGAGAGGAGCGACAGCAGCAACGGACGACCCAGCUCCCCCACCAGGGACUCCCCGAACUCCAAGAGUGCCCAGGGCCUGGUGGGCCUGCGGAACCUGGGAAAUACCUGCUUCAUGAACUCCAUCCUGCAGUGUCUCAGCAACACGCACAACCUCCGGGACUACUGCCUCCACAACUCCCACCGACGCGACCUUAACAAAAACAGCCGCACCAACACUGGGGCGCUCAUGGAGGAAUUUGCCAAGCUUCUCCAGACCAUGUGGACGUCGUCGAGCAGCGAGGCGGUCGGCCCGUCAGAGUUCAAAACUCAGAUCCAGAGAUACGCCCCCCGAUUUGUGGGAUAUAACCAACAGGACGCCCAGGAGUUCCUGCGCUUCCUGCUGGACGGGCUGCACAACGAGGUAAACCGGGUCACGGUGCGGCCGCGGGGCAGCUCAGAGGACUUUGACCACUUGCCUGACCGGGAGAAAGGGGAUAGAAUGUGGAGCAAGUACCUGGAGAGAGAGGACAGUAAAAUAGUGGACCUGUUUGUGGGUCAGCUGAAGAGCUCGUUGACAUGCAGCACGUGUGGCUACUGCUCCACUGUCUUUGACCCCUUCUGGGAUCUCUCUCUACCCAUCGCCAAGAAGGGCUACGGAGAAGUGAGUCUGAUGGACUGCAUGAGUCUCUUCACCAAAGAGGAUGUGCUCGAGGGCGAUGAAAAACCAACGUGCUACAGGUGUAAAGCCAGAAGAAGAUGCACAAAGAAGUUCACUGUACAGAAAUUCCCCAAGAUCUUAGUGCUUCAUCUGAAACGCUUCUCUGAAGCGCGGAGAACCAGCAAACUGUCCACAUUUGUCAACUUCCCCAUGGAGAAACUGGACCUCAGGGAGUUUGCCUCGGAAAACAGCAUAAAUGCAGUUUAUAACCUGUACGCAGUGUCCAAUCACUCAGGCACGACCAUGGGCGGCCACUACACAGCGUACUGUCGCAACCCCACCUCGGGAGAAUGGUACACGUUCAAUGACUCCAGAGUAACGCCAAUGUCCUCCAGCCAAGUGCGCAGCAGUGACGCCUACGUGCUGUUCUACGAGCUGGCCUCCUCCUCGCGGAUGUGAAGGCCUCCCGGAGGAGGAGGGCACUGCAGACGGAGGGAGGGAGGAAGAGGAGGGCAAAGCCAGGCCCAUUAGGACUAAUCACAUCCACAACAGAGAGAGGCUACUACUUCCUCCUUCCCCAACUUCAUCCACAACAGAGAGAGGCUACUACUUCCCUCUUCCCCAACUUCAUCCACAACAGAGAGAAGCUACUACUUCCCUCUUCCCCAACUUCAUCCACAACAGAGAGAGGCUACUACUUCCCUCUUCCCCAACUUCAUCCACAACAGAGAGAGGCUAAUACUUCCCUCUUCCCCAACUUCAUCCACAACAGAGAGAAGCUACUACUUCCCUCUUCCCCAACUUCAUCCACAACAGAGAGAAGCUACUACUUCCCUCUUCCCCAACUUCAUCCACAACAGAGAGAGGCUAAUACUUCCCUCUUCCCCAACUUCAUCCACAACAGAGAGAAGCUACUACUUCCCUCUUCCCCAACUUCAUCCACAACAGAGAGAGGCUACUACUUCCCUCUUCCCCAACUUCAUCCACAACAGAGAGAGGUUUCUUCAACUGCUGGAUGUCCACCCUCAGACUAUGGAAACACUACAGGAAUCUGUCAUAUUUGUUGUUGUCGUUCAACCCAGCCCUCCUCACUUCACUCUCUCUCUCUCUCUCUGCUUCCUCUCUCUCUGCUUCCUCUCUCUCUGCUUCCUCUCUCUCUCUGCUUCUCUCUCUCUCUGCUUCCUCUCUCUCUCUGCUUCCUCUCUCUCUCUGCUUCCUCUCUCUCUCUGCCUCCUCUCUCUCUCUGCCUCCUCUCUCUCUCUCUCUGCCUCCUCUCUCUGCCUCCUCUCUCUCUCUCUGCCUCCUCUCUCUCUCUCUGCCUCCUCUCUCUCUCUCUGCCUCCUCUCUCUCUCUCUUUCUCUGCCUCCUCUCUCUCUCUCUCUCUCUCUGCCUUCUCUCUCUCUCUCUGCCUCCCUCUCUCUCUCUCUCUCUGCCUCCUCUCUCUCUCUCUCUCUGCCUCCUCUCUCUCUCUCUCUGCCUCCUCUCUCUCUCUCUCUCUGCCUCCUCUCUCUCUCUCUCUGCUUUCUCUCUCUCUCUCUGCUCUUGGGGAGCAGGGUGGUCAGAGGCGUUGGCCUGUGCGUUUGUGUGAGCGUGUGUGUCUCAGAGAGUGUGUGUGUGUGUGUUAUCACAGGAAACCCUCUCCAGGCAAUAAAAACCAAGCGUCUCCUUCUCCGAAGUCCCUCUCUCUAUGCACUGCAACAAACCAAACUCUCGUCCCGACUGCGCCUUCUUCUCUUCUUCUUGUUCGAGAUCGCCUCAAUAUUAAAAAAGACAUUGUUUCAAUUUAGAUUUUGGAUUUUCUUGUUGAUUUUUGUAUUGGUAUUACCACUAUCAUCACGGUGGAAGAUUAUCUGAACUGUGUUGCGGCAGCGCCCCCUGCUGACGGGUUGGAGUAGGACAAUAUGGCACCGUCAGAAAUUCUUCUUAACACACCUCUCUCACGAACCUGAGUGUCCCCUCCUGCCUACAUACUGCAAUGUCUCAUCCCAGUUUCUCUGUUCAGCUGUGUACAGUACUACUCUGUCCUCUCACUGCUGCUCUCUCUCUCUCUCUCGCUCCUUCCUUCCUUCUUGCAUCUUCCUCUGAAAGUGGAGGGGUAGCCAGGUUGUCCUCUUGAGAGUGCUACGUGUUCAGAGGAUGCCCUGUAUCUUGUGUUUAUUUUUUUUCAGUGUGGCUGCUACUGAUGUUUUAAAGUGCUGUGAAUGAAAAGGACGAUCCAGCACAAACUAAUACUAUUAGUCACAAUCUUGUCAGUAUGGAUUUGUUCAUCCUUUGACUGUCAUGCCAUUGAACAACAUGGGAAGAAUGUUUUGAGAAAAGAAAAAAAAACACUAUCUGUCUAUUUUUAUAUUCUGAUGCAAUAUAGAGAAUGUACUUUACAGUGGUGCUGAAAAGACCCGA